GCUGCUCGCUGUCCUUUAAUCUUCGCCAUCUCUUCCAUUGACCUUCCCCCACUCCCCAUCCCCAUCCUUCACCCCCGUCGUAUUUAGCUUGCCGUGAUUCCUAAACCCCGAUUCACUUUGCCCUCCAUCCGCAGCGUUGAAAAACCCCUCGGCGUUGUGCAAAUUUGUUUUCUCGGUGGUUGAAUGGACCAAGAAACAGCGGCUCUUUCCUGCUCACGCUUUCCCGCUCCCCGCUUCCCAUCGGAAUCUCUUCAAGGCUCCCCUUUACCCCGACGUUGUCAUCCUCCGCAGCACCUCCGUUGCCUUGAACGCCUCUCUCCAUCUCCUUGCAUAACCCUGUUGUCCCCGGAAAUUCCCUCAUCAUGAGUCUCAAUCGAAAACCCCCCACUCCCGUCGGUGAUACCCCGCCACUAUCAAAGGACGCCAGUCUUGCUGCUUCAGAGGUGACAUUUCCCUUCCCCUUUCUCCCCUGCGCUGAAAUUUCUGACCUCUCUUCUCCCGCCUUAGCCUGCUACAGCACCGACGCCUUCCCCGCCCGCAAUGGCCUCUUCAAAAGCUAUCCCUCCACCUUCGGAUUUCAUGAGAGGGCUCCGCGAGUAUCUUAGUCAACCGGUGACUGCAUCAUUCAUUGCCGGGGGUAUUGCUGGUGCGGUCAGCAGAACGGUCGUUAGUCCAUUGGAGAGAUUGAAAAUUAUCUUUCAAAUUCAAGGUCCUGGAAACAGCUCCUAUCAAGGUGUCGGACCCGCGCUGGCCAAGAUGUGGAGGGAGGAGGGCUGGAGGGGCUACAUGAGGUGGGUUAAUCCCUUUAACCACAGCUCUUUUCUGGGGGUAACCAUUGCUUGCGGGCGGAAUUGGACGGAUCCUAUUGGGCCUAUCGCACCUGUGAAGCUUUGGGAUGCUGAUUGAGCCGUUUAAUAGAGGGAAUGGGACGAAUUGCAUACGGAUUGUUCCCUACUCGGCCGUCCAGUUCUCUAGCUAUACAAUUUAUAAGAGGGUAAACCCCCGCGGUUCUCGAAUUCAUCCGAUCUUGCCAAUUUCUCUAACCCCCCGCACUUCAGCUUUUACUUCCAGAAGGCGGCACUGACCUCGGCACCCUUCGCCGACUCUGCGCCGGCGCCAUGGCUGGUGUAACGUCAGUUGGUGUGUUCCUCCCACUCUCUUCAGUACGGUACUUAAGGCUUACCCAGCGCCGACACAGUCGCAACAUAUCCCCUCGAUAUCACCCGUACACGUCUCUCCGUCCAGUCGGCUUCGUUCUCUUCCAAGGGUGUACCGCACACCAAACUUCCAGGUAUGUGGGCAACCAUGAAAACCAUGUAUCGUACCGAAGGCGGCACAAUAUCCCUCUACCGUGGAUUGGGCCCUACCCUCUCCGGUGUUGCUCCAUACGUCGGGAUCAAUUUUGCUACCUACGAAGCUAUGCGGAAAUUCAUGACCCCUCGAGGGGAAGCAAACCCGACGGCCCUUGGGAAACUAUGUGCGGGUGCUGUUAGCGGAGCUGUGGCCCAGAGCGUUACCUACCCCUUUGACGUAUUGAGGAGAAGAUUUCAGGUCAAUACAAUGAAUGGCCUCGGUUACCAGUACAAGAAUAUAUGGGACGCAAUCUCAAUCAUCAUCCGGGCCGAAGGCAUCAGGGGAAUGUACAAAGGACUGUUGCCAAACCUGCUGAAGGUGGCACCAAGCAUUGGUAGUAGUUUCUUGAGUUUUGAGAUUGCUAGAGAUCUACUUGUCGCCCUAGACCCGAAGCUAAUGAUAUGAACCGAGCACUUCUUGUCUUCUGUUUGCUAAUUUCUUGAUUGCAUGCAUGGUUUCGACAAACAAUAGUCGACCUGCAAAAAAAACCCCUUCCCCCCUGCAUUUACGGAGGGACUGUGUGAUAGAAUCGUCCCUUUUAUAUAUCUUUUGGUAGUGUUUUUGACAUUAAGGGUAAUUUCGUUUUUCUUCUUUUAUUUCUACUUUGCAGCCUUGUAUGGAUUCUGCUAGCUUGCUCAUUCUAGUUGCUUGGGGAGUGCAGCCUUUCUCGACUUUUCCGAACGGUAGAGGGGCAGAUGGAGAAACGGAUGAAGCGGAAGGAUUACCAGCUUACCAGUCAUGGCCCAUCACUCUUGUUUUGUCGUUUUCGGGGAUCCACCCAUCAACGGCUGGUUUGUAGCUGUGUGUACUGUACAUAUCUGAGGAAUUCUAUGGGACAAAUGAUAUUGCACUCCAGUUGUAUAUUGCGUAGCUAUCCAAAAUUCUAUUUCUGUUAGGGAUUUUUGAUUUCUAGGCCCUUCCCCUCCGCAAGCGCAAUUGCGUUCAUCUUGCUUGUAUGACACCUAUCUGCAGUCACGGCGCUACCUGCUGCCACGAUUCAAAGGUGUUGUACCAAAUGCGCUCCUUCGGGAAAAGGUGAUUACUCUACAAGUAUCAUACCAGUCAUGAGACAGGCCCCC